CUCACUACAUACUGAUUAUACAGACUAACAUGCCUAUAUCUUUCAAUUCUACCGCUAUUCUUUUUACUCUCUAGGUACCUCCAGGUCCUCCAGUGCAACACUAUGGUCAACAUCUGCCAGAAGUUGAUCAUAUGGGAUUAUCCCAUAGAGGGCCACACAGACCGUACCCUCCGUCUCUUGUUUGACUCAGGAUCAUCCUAAACCCCUGGAGGAAGGGAGAGAUGGCUGUUGUAGAUAUGGCUCAAGUUCCAGAAGCCUUUGUGGAGGUGACAGUAUGCUCAAAUGAAGUGCAGUAUUCAAUGAUUGGCCGUCGUCAGAGGAUAUUAUACAAGAAUGCCUUGCAAGAGAAAUACAGGGCCAUGACUUUGUUUGGAGGGUUCCCUAUUCUUACUUCUGACCUGCUAAGCCGUCUAGAUCGAGGGGAAGAGGCCUGGGUCCCUGAUCUCCAGAGCUCUGAUGAGAGUGAAGAUGAAAGACCUGUUAAGCCAACACUGAAACGAUGGCCCAAGGGAAGAACGUGGUGGGAUAGGUAUAGAAGUCCUGCAAAAUACCCCAGUUCAGACUCUACAAAUUCAGGCGAUGAUCAGGAGAGUGAGGUUGAAGAUGGGAAACCUCAGCGUGGAAAUCACAGGCUGACAAUCCUUCACAGAAAUUUAUUGGAUAUUUCUAAGGUAAAUGGAUCAAAUGGUCUCAAGCAAAGAGAGGCCUUUCGGAAUGGGUCCCAAUUGAAGAAACCUCCACGAAGCCAACUAGGAAAGUUAAACUCAGCAGAGACUAAUGAUGUUGGUAGGAACAUAACCAAGGAGAAGGCUGUGGGAGAGGAGCAAAAGAACCACUGUUUCAUCUGUAACCGGACCUUCAAGUCAAUAGUAUCACUUUCCAAUCAUCAGAGAAUACAUCCUGUUGCAAAGACCUAUGAAUGCUCUUCCUGUGGAAAAACAUUCACAGUAAAAAAGAAAUUUGUUGCACAUUUGAGAAAACAUGAAAAAGGAAAGGGUUAUAAAGGCCCAAGCAGCACUACAAUGCAACGAACUGUCCCCUCAGGAAAAAUGCCUUAUAAAUGCCUGGAGUGCAAGAAGUUCUUUAUGCGGAAGGACCUCCUUAUUGUGCAUCAAAGGAGGCAUGCAGCAAAACGGCCCUAUAUGUGUCCUGAAUGUGGGAAAAGUUACAUUCGGAAGGAACAUUUUGCCAGACAUCAGAAAACCCACAAAAGUCUAGAAAUGGAUAAACCUCCUGAGAAUGACAAAGAAGCAAAGGUUAAAAGUUCUGAAGCUUCUGAGAAGAAAUCCUCAACAGCCCCUGUCUGUAAAGCAACAAUCUCUCCAGAGAGCCCCCUUAGACAUCAGGAAAAUCAAACAUAUCUCCAUAUAUGUACGUUUUGUAAAAAAAGUCUGAGAUCCAAAAGUUUGCUGGUUGAUCAUGAGAGAUCCCAUAGGGAAGGGAGACCUCAUAAGUGUUCUCAGUGCAAGAAAAGCUUUCAUUAUAAACACCUUUUGCUGAAGCACAAGACAAUCCACACAAAAUCAGCACUGAAGCUCCCCAAGAAGAAGAAAACAACAAAUUCUCUCUCUGGUUCUAAAGUGCAACCCAAAACAGAAAGUCCCUCAAAAAGCUCCACUGGCAAGAAGGUAGGCUCUCACAGCAUUCACCGGACCUGGCACUCAAGGAAAAAAGUGAAGAGAUUUCACUAUCCAUGCCAAUAUUGUGGUAAAUCCUUGAGCAGAAGUCUCACGCUUGCUGAUCACGAGAAACUCCAUACAGGAGAGAGACCUUAUAAGUGCCAUGAGUGUGAAGAAAGUUUCAUUCGAAAGCAUCACCUUAUUCGACACCAAGAGAACCACACCAGACAGGCACCCUUUAAGCAUAUGAAGCAUGUCAGAAAACUGAGGACAAAGAGUCGCUUUGCUGUACUUGAAAGAAUCAAUACAGACCGUGGACGUGGCAUCACUCACAACUUGUGCCUUACUAGGCACCCAAAAAUCCUUCCAGAGGCUAAGGGCUUUAAGUGUCAAUAUUGUGGGAAAUGCCUGAAAACAAAGAGCGCACUUAUAAAUCAUAAGAAAAUCCAUAGGGGAAAGAAGCCAUAUCAGUGUUUGGAGUGUAGGAAGAACUUCUCUCAGAAAAACCAUCUUUUGUCCCACCAGAAAAGCCACAUGAGAAAAAAGCUGUUUGUAAGCUCAGAUUCUAACCAAAAAACAGUGGGGGAAAAAAUCCCUUCCUCCCUCAAACAUGGGAACCCACAGAAAAAAAAAACUGGCAUACUUGUGCCCUUACUGUGGAGCAAGCUUUGAUAAUAAAUAUGCCUUCAAGAAGCAUCAAAAUGUCCACUUAGGGCACAAACCCGUCAAAUGUAUUGUGUGUGGGAAAGGUUUUAGUAAGACAUGGAAUCUGAAGAGACACGAGAGCACCCACCUGCAGAAAAAGAUCUG